CCCCCUUCGAUCGCGUUUGCCUUCGACGUCAUAACCCAGUGGUGAAAAGAUUGAACACUUAAAAUCGUCCCUUGGACUUGGCACUUUAAUCAUUUUUUUUGGGAGUUUCUCGUCUCUCUUUCCUUACCCAAUUUUAAUAUUCGAACCACUCAAGUCAUAUCAUCCGAUAACCAACCAAAAAUGCCACCCCGCAAGCGCAAAGCCGCAGCCAUCGCGCAUGAUGACGACGCAGUCUCAACACCCGACGACUCCUCGCGUCGCCGCUCAACGCGCGUCUCUGCCUCCGCAAAGAAAAGCCAUUACUUUGAAAGCGGGGACUCUGAUUCCGACUCACCAGAAGCUUCCGCCGCUGCCAACGCCAAAUCCAAAGCCAAAGCCACACGCGGCAGACCAAAGAAGGCCAAAGUAGAAGCCGAUCCCGGCUUGGACGAAGACGAAGACGCCUACAACAACGACUCCGAAACCCAAAAUGACGACGACGACGACGACAACGACGACAAUAAUCAGAACAACAACAACAACGACGACGACGACGAAGCAUCAGAUGACUCCUCCUCCUCCUCGCCCAACCUCACCUUCAUCCCCAUCCCCAAACUCCGCGACCUAAACGGCGUACCCUACACCCCCACCACCAUCCACCCCAACACCCUCCUCUUCCUCGCCGAUCUGCGGCGCAACAACAAGCGUUCCUGGCUGAAGCUCCACGACGCCGAAUACCGCCGCUCCCUCUCCGACUGGGAAUCCUACGCCACCUCGCUCACCGACGAAAUCAUUUCCUCCUGUGACGCCACCAUUCCCGAAUUACCCUUCCGAGACAUCAAUUUUCGCAUUUAUCGGGACAUUCGCUUCAGCAAGGACCCCACGCCGUAUAAACCGCACUAUAGCGCGAGCUGGUCGCGCACGGGACGGAAAGGCCCGUAUGCGUGUUACUAUGUGCAUGUGGAGCCGGGCAAGUGUUUUGUGGGCGGGGGACUGUGGCAUCCUGAUGGGCCGGCGCUUGCAAAAUUGAGGGCUAGUGUGGAUGAGAGGCCGGGACGGUGGAGGAGGGUGUUGAUGGAUAAGACGUUUAGGGAAACGUUUCUUGAAAAGGGGGGGAAGGAGUCAGUGAUAUAUGGAAGGAAAAAGAAACAGGAAGAGAAGAAGAAGAAGAAGAUGGCGACGAAGAAGGGGAGGGGAAAGAAAGAUGAGGAUGAGGAAGAGGAGGAGGAGGAUGAUGAGGAAGAGCAAGAUGGUGCUGGGUUGGAUGAAGAGAGGGCGGUUAUCAAGGCAUUUUGUGUGGCUAAUGCUGAGAAUGCGCUAAAGACUAAACCCAAGGGCUUCGAUGCUGAGCAUAGAGACAUAGAGUUGCUCAAGCUGCGCAACUUCACCGUGGGGAAGAAGCUGCCUGAUUCUGUCUUCACAUCGAAAGACGGGCAGGAACAGGUGCUUGAUGUCAUCAGGGCUAUGGUUCCGUUUGUAACGCACCUCAAUCGCAUCGUCAUGCCUGAUCCUGGCGAUGACGACGAUUCAGAAGAGGAAGAAGUUUGAAUGAAGCCGCUCGAGGGAAUGAACCCUUUGUCAUGUGUUUUGGAUUCGACUCCCGGUCAUUUGGGUAGCGAGCGAUAUCAGGAUCUGGAACUGCUUCAUAUUGUCGAUUCUUUUCCCCUUGUUUACUGACGAUGAAAUGAUACUCACCGCAACGGUAUUCAACACUCCAUCGAACGGCUGUGUCUUUGUGGACGUAAGGAAUUAGACCCUGGUAUCGUCGGUAACACAUAUCCCGCCAACAUGACGCAGUACCGAAAACAUGAUAGCGUAGAAACCCAUGAGGGGACACCGAAACUGAGCGUGUCCCAGUCCAAUCCUGCAACGCCUCGACCUCCCGUACCGUCUUUCCGUCCUCAUCCUCGGUCUAGCCAAGCCAUCCAAAUCCGCCGUACAUUUUUUUCCGAGUUCACUUUUGGCAAACCGCACCCAGUCUUCAACAAACACAUCGCUUCGCAGUCGCGCUUAACAAA